ACAAAGUUUACUGUAACAAAAAAAUCCGGAUAAACAUCGAUUACUCACAGUCACGAGAAAACGACUCCUUUUAUGUGUAGAAAUCUUCUAAUUUAGAGUAUUCAGACAAACGAAGACACGAUGGACAAGCAAUUGUUUAAUUUGAAGUUUGCCGCAAAGCAGAUGGAGCGAAGUGCUAAGAAAGCUGAAAAAGAUGAGAAGACGGAAAAAAAUAAACUGAAAAAGGCCAUCCAAAAAGGAAACAUGGAAGGUGCUAAAAUAUUUGCUGAAAAUGCCAUCCGAAAGAAAAAUGAGGCUUUGAACAUGCAACGAAUGAGUGCAAGGGUUGAUGCCGUUGCCUCGAGAGUUGAGACGGCCAUUGCGACAAAACAGGUCACAACGUCUAUGGGAGGUGUUGUGAAAUCGAUGGAAUCUGCCAUGAGGUCAAUGAAUUUGGAAAAGAUUUCGAAACUUAUGGACAAAUUUGAGACGCAGUUUGAGCACCUGGAUGUCCAAUCACAAGUGAUGGAGAAUACCAUGUCUGCCACGUCAACACUCAACGCUCCUCAGGCCUCUGUCGAUGCAUUGAUGAUGCAAGUCGCAGAUGAAGCAGGUCUCGAGUUGAACAUGGAUUUGCCGUCAUCAUCCUCCGCUUCAAUAGGAACAGCCACAGCAGCAUCUCAUGAGCAGGAUGAGUUGUCACAGAGACUGGCCAAGCUACGCCAGGAUUCCUAAGAUGGUGCUCUACUUAAAAGACCCUGCAGAUUAGAAGGACUUUGUAUAAAGCGACAUUAAUUUUACCAAGAAUUGAUAAAGACGAGUCUUUAGUGAUUCUUGAUUUUACACGUAGAAAAUACUGUAAGCUGUCAAAGUUUACCUCCAACAUCUUUGCUAACAUGUUUUGAUAUUGCAUGCUUCAUAAAGUUUGCAAAUCCGUGGGAAAAAAAUGAUACUGCAGGUUGUUCAUUUUGACCCUUGUUUGAUUAAUUCAUUUGCGGAGGUAAGAUUUCCUGAGAAAUUUCACUGUUGGCAGUUGGACUAAAAAAUGGAGCAUAUGUACAUAUACUGAUUGAAUAUGGUGUAAAAUCCACUGGUGUGUUUGAUUGUAGUUACAUUAAGGUGGUAAUUGUUCAUUGUAGUUACACUAGGGGAGGACGUGAUUUUGACUCCUUUUUCGACUGUAUAGUUAUGGUAAAUGAACAAGUCAAUUUGAGUUUAUUGAGCGGGACUGAAAGAGGUUAGAAAUCAUCACAUCCACCAGGUAUUAAUAUGUAAAGAGCAAGCUCUAGUGAACUCACACAACUGUAUGUCCUAGCAGACGGUUUUUAAAUACAUGAUGUCCCACACCCGCACUUCAGUGGCGCCGGUGUGAAUAAAUCUACUUGUGUGAAUGGUCAAUAGCUCAUGACGUCAUGAAAGAAUUGCGUCACGGGGAAGGAAACAAUGGGAUUCACGUCCGACGUCGUAACUGUGGGUGCGGCGCGUCAUGAAUGCAGGAUCGGCCAACGCGCGGCCCAUAUGGAAUGCGACAAACUGUACCGGAACCAGAAUUGUCAUGGGUCUGCACAAAUUUUUUCAGAUUCGAUGGACAUGAUGGAUAUAUGAAUUUUGUUUACACUUUACAUACAGUGUAUACAUACGUCACCAUUACACUCACUACGUUGUGUGAGUUAUUAAUUCUAAUGUAAAUAUUUGGCAUUGAUUAUCAGGUGUGUUCAUGUCAGUGACUUGCAACUGGUAGUUUUCAAGCUUUCAUUUACUGGACUCAACAGAAGUACAUGUAGAUAACUCUAAUGUGAGCCUAGCAUGAAGAGUGACUUGCAGUCUUAUUCAUGUGAAUGCCCUGGUUUGUACCUUUCAAGAGUGACGAUCAGGUCAAUCCUUUUCUGUGGGGGCUUGUCUGGCACUGAUGAUGGUGACUACAUAUCUAUGAGAGGAGUCUUUAAAUGUUUUCACUGUGGUAUCCAUAGCAAGUAUGGUUUGAUGAUUCUAAGAAUUAGAUCAAUUUAAUGGCAUAAGAUGGCACUGCCAUCAGCACAGUUUGAAACGAAGGGAUUUUGUGUGAUAUACAUUUACACCAAGUCUAUGGAUAUUGCUGUAAAAGAAAGGAUAGCUUAGCUUGAAGCAUCAUUCUAAGAAAGAAAUUUGAAGAAAGAUUUUGGGGUUGGUCCGUAGGGAACUGUAACUGCAUGAAGUGUAAUAUAUAUUCUUGUACAUAGAUGUUUGUAUUUAUCAAAACAAUAAAAGGGUGUGGCUGGGUAGAAAGAUUGGCCAGUCAUGCCAGUGUUGGCUUUGAACCUGCCUUUAUAGAUUUAUGCUCAUUGAUGCGAAAGGUGUUUGCAAAACAAUGUAGUUAGUUGUCUGUCACAUGUCAUAUGAGCAAAUGCACUCCUGUCAUGGACCAUAAUGAAGUUGAGGGCGAGAUGUCCUCUUUAUCUCGGUUCAGAACUGUACUAAAUUGUAUCAAUAAAAUUUAUUAUAACAAUUCAUGUAAAUA